GGAAGCCUGUGCCAAACUGUGAGUGUGCUUGGCGUGCGCAAGUGCUGUGGAGGAGUGAGAAGGGAACCGGGGGUCCAUUCCUGUCCUCUGAGCUGCUUGCAGUUCCCAGAUGUCAGCUGUCAACUCAGGUGUCCCUAUCAGGCCUGAUGGAACAAAGACAGAAUCCAGAAGGGACCCUGGGGAUGCUACAAAAAUCACCCCCAAUUCAGAGCUCCCCCAGUCCGUCGUCACUGGCAUCGUCAACUCCUCUUUCCAGCCAGGGAAGGUUACCCUCCAUCCUGCCUACUGCGCCAACGGCUGUGGGCUUCCCCCGGCUUCCGUGAGGCAGCAGCCGCGAGUCUCCAAGAAGCAGCGCAUUGGCUCCACCGCCUCUGUCUGCACCAACAGCAGUAGGAAGAGCUGCAAAUCCACAGCAUCUCAGAUCCAGGAGGUGGCUGGGGAUGAGCUGUGUGCCACUCUCCUCUUAGCUUGCCUCUUCUGCCGUUUCUCGGACAUCCUGCCUCUUUUCUCCGGGCCCAUUUGCUCUUGCUUCCCUGUACCAUCUUGCAGCUCCAGGCUUCUGGGCUUUUGCUCGGACCCCCAGGGCUGCUGCUGCUGCUGCUGCUGCUGUCGGUUUGAGGGGCCGGCCCUGGAGUUAUGCUACCAGACUGAUCGCUGCGCACACUGUGCUCUUGCCUGCCUCUUCUGUGAGUUUAUGUCCCUCUGCUCACUUGCCCUGGACUGCGGGGGCUGCGGGGGCUGCCUAGAGGCUUGCUGUGGUGGAGAAGGAGGGGAGUCCCUUGCCGAGAGCUGCUGUGGGGAAGCAGGUGGAGGAAACUGCCCCUGUGGGUUAGGCUGUGGGAUGUUGCAGGAUUGCUGCGGCUCCUCUGACUGUCUUGAGAUCUGCCUGGAGUGCUGUUCUAUCUGCUUCCCAGCCUGAAUUCAGGGACCGGGAGAUCGUGUCCAUCUGUCCUCCAUGGUUCCAGACUGCGUUGGGAUGUGUGUGUAUACCUUUGGGAAUCCCACCACCCCACCAAACUACAAAGCAUGGCAAGAGAUUAAUCUGGGCCUCUUUUCUUACCAAAGCCCCAACUCCUUUGAACAUCCUCAGGCAAGCUCCUUCCUCUUUUUUUAUCUCAUGGUAACAUCCCAAAAUGCAUUGCUUGUAUGCACACAGCUGUUUGUAUUGGAUGGGAUGAGGCCCAUUAAGUAUUGUUUCAGUUGCGUGAUGUCACACCCAGACAUUGUGAUGAUGUCAUCAAAAAGGCUAAGCUGCAUUCGCCCUGAAGACAGGAUAAAUUCCACUCGCACUACACAAUCCUGCCAGGUCAAGCCUAUUCUGCUCUGCACUGUAAUGUUACAGAAAAAUCAGUGCCAUGCAUCUUCGACAGGUGUCACCAUGCAACUGUGGAUGGAAUCUCUCUCCUUUUUUUUAACUGUGACAAAAAAUAUAUACAUUGAUGCUGUGAUAUAUCUGAAUGGACUGAAGCUGAAUAUGCCUCAGAGCCAAAGAAAUUCCUCUUCCUGUACUGAAUUUGUUUUCAGGGAGAUUAUACAAGGUUGGAUAUUGAAUGAGCAUUGCUUUUUAUUUGAUUGCAAGGAAGUUAGAAGGCCUUGCAUUAAAAAAAAGGUGUUGUCCCACACUUUCCAGUGCAUUUUCCUGUCACUUUCCUAAUUCCAAAAAAAGUCCAGUUGUUUUAGGGCGUGGAUUUGUUGUGCAAGACCUCCCUGAAUUUGCCAGUGUGUGAUUGAAUCCCACCUGAGAAUAGCUAUACAGUCUGGAAGUGCCUGAUGUGUUUCUGAUGUGAACUUUAAAUGGACUAUAUAGGCUCCAGGUUGGUGUUUAUCACAUGACUAUUUCUUUGUGCCUGGAAAUAUAUUGUUGUGCUGAUCAGGAUGCCUGAUUGUAAAAUAAAUUUAAAUUAAUGAAGCCAGCACCUGUUACUUCAGUUUUAUUUCUGUACCAGCAUUGC